UUUCAGUGUUAUUCGUGAUUAAAAAGUUCACAUGGAAGCAAACAAACGACAAAUUGUGGAGGUCGAUGGGAUUAAGUCCUACUUUUUCCCCCAUCUCGCCCAUUACCUCGCGAGCAAUGACGAGCUGUUGGUCAACAACAUAGCACAGGCGAACAAGCUUGCAGCUUUCGUCUUGGGAGCCACCGACAAACGCCCAAGCAAUGAAGAAAUUGCGGAGAUGAUCCUGCCAAAUGACUCCAGUGCCUACGUGCUUGCUGCUGGCAUGGACGUUUGCCUUAUUCUCGGGGAUGACUUCGUUGCGACCAAAGUUCGAUUCUGGCGCUGAGAAGCUGAGUCAGCUUGGACAAGCUCAUGAUUUGGCUCCAAUCAUCGAUGAUGAAAAGAAAAUCUCGAUGCUCGCCCGAAAAACAAAGCUAAAGAAGUCGAAUGACGCCAAGAUUCUGCAAGUCUUGCUCAAAGUUCUCGGUGCGGAAGAAGCGGAAGAGAAGUUUGUCGAGCUCUCGGAACUGUCGAGCGCCUUGGAUCUUGAUUUCGACGUCUAUGUCUUGGCAAAACUGCUUGGAUUUGCAUCGGAGGAGCUCCAGGAAGAAAUUGAAAUCAUCCGUGACAACGUCACAGAUGCGUUUGAGGCCUGCAAGCCGUUGUUGAAGAAGCUGAUGAUCGAGGGACCGAAGAUUGAUUCUGUGGACCCAUUCACCCAACUUCUGUUAACUCCACAAGAAGAAUCUAUCGAAAAAGCUGUAUCCCACAUCGUUGCUCGCUUCGAAGAAGCCAGCGCCGUCGAGGAUGAUGAAUCACUCGUCCUGAAAUCUCAGCUAGGAUAUCAAUUGAUUUUCCUCGUCGUUCGCUCACUUGCUGAUGGAAAGCGUGAUGCUUCCAGGACAAUCCAAUCGUUGAUGCCGUCGAGUGUCCGAGCGGAAGUGUUUCCCGGAUUGCAACGGAGUGUUUUCAAAAGUGCCGUGUUCCUCGCAAGCCAUAUCAUUCAAGUCUUUUUGGGAUCCAUGAAGUCAUUCGAGGAUUGGGCGUUUGUUGGCCUCGCUGAAGACUUGGAGAGCACGUGGAGAAGAAGAGCAAUCGCUGAAUUGCUGAAAAAGUUCAGAAUCUCUGUUCUCGAGCAGUGCUUUUCUCAACCAAUCCCACUGCUCCCUCAAAGCGAGUUGAACAACGAAACUGUCAUCGAGAAUGUGAAUAAUGCUCUCCAAUUUGCAUUGUGGAUCACAGAGUUCUACGGAUCGGAGAGUGAGAAGAAAUCACUCAAUCAGCUUCAAUUCCUAAGCCCAAAAUCCAAGAAUCUUCUUGUUGAUAGCUUCAAAAAGUUCGCCCAAGGACUGGAUUCUAAAGAUCACGUGAAUCGUAUCAUUGAAUCUCUGGAGAAGAGCAGUUCGUCGGAACCUUCUGCAACUGCAAAACAGACCACAACUUCCAAUGGACCGACCACCGUCUCUACUGCAGCUCAAGUAGUAACUGUUGAAAAGAUGCCAUUCAGUCGUCAAACGAUUCCAUGUGAAGGAACAGACUUGGCGAAUGUGCUCAAUUCUGCAAAGAUCAUCGGAGAAAGUGUUACCGUGGCUGCCCAUGAUGUCAUUCCGGAGAAACUAAAUGCGGAGAAGAAUGACAAUACUCCAUCAACUGCCUCACCUGUUCAAUUUUCUAGCGAUGGUUGGGAUUCUCCGACAAAAUCUGUUGCUCUGCCACCGAAGAUCUCGACUUUGGAGGAAGAACAAGAAGAAGAUACAACGAUCACCAAGGUUUCUCCGCAACCACAAGAACGAACUGGAACCGCAUGGGGAUCAGGCGAUGCGACUCCAGUGCCUCUUGCUACUCCGGUUAACGAAUACAAAGUUAGUGGGUUCGGCGCUGCGCCAGUCGCUUCGGGAUUCGGACAGUUUGCCAGCAGCAACGGAACGUCUGGAAGAGGCUCUUAUGGAGGUGGUCGCGGUGGCGAUCGUGGAGGAAGAGGAGCAUACGGUGGCGAUCGUGGACGUGGAGGUUCCGGAGAUGGAUCUCGUGGAUAUCGUGGUGGUGAUCGAGGAGGACGCGGAAGUUACGGCGAAGGAUCUCGUGGUUACCAGGGAGGACGUGCCGGAUUCUUUGGUGGAUCCCGUGGAGGUUCCUAAGCCUUCAAAUUUCAACGUUUUAUUGGUUGUAUAUUUUGAAUAUGUACUGAUUACGUAUUCACAAGUUUUAGGUUCUCUUUUUUCUAAAUGAUGUAAAAUUUCCCAAAUCAUGUUUUAUUUAUUGAACCCCGUUUUAUUGUGAUCCAAGUAAAUGUUUGUACUUCUAUA